AUGUAUCCUGAUGGGAAAAUUAAUAAACCGACAGAUUUCAGGAUUACAAGAACCAAUUGCCCAUUUGACAAUAAGCUUAAGCAGACAUUUCCUAAAGGUCGUGCUCUUUCUUUUGGGAUUUGUUUUUUUAUUGCUGCUGCCACAGGCAUUAUAACAUUUUUUAUUUGGAAAAAAUGAUGAAAAAUUGAAGUAGAAGAACUUAAAAUAAAAGAAGAAAUUUCAAUAUCUGACACAAUUGUUGGACUUACAAUUUUGAUAGAGUUCUUUCAAUUGAUUUCACAGGGUCCUGAUAUUCGGCCAUUAAACUCACUUCUUGCUGAUGCUGGAGAUGCAGUAUCCUUAGAUCUGCAGACUUUUGUAAAGCUUGAAAAUGGGACUUUUUGGUGGUUUGCUACAGCAAUUAUUAUUUUGUGCUGACUGUGGGCUUUGUUUUGCAUUGAAAUCUUCUUUCAGUUAGAUGAAAAAUUUAAUCAUAUUUGGUUUUUUAGAAACUUGGGAAAUUUAGCUGAUUUUUCUAUGCCAAUUUUAGGGAAUUUGUGUUUUAUUCCCUUUAUAUUCAUUCUAUUAGAAAUUUUUAUAUGUGAUAAUUCAAUUGGAAAUGACUGAUUAGAUAGUUACCUAACUAUUGAUUGCUAUCAAUUCUGUUGACAAGGAGAUCAUAUAGAAAAAGCCCGAGGAUCGGCUCCACACGGGAAUGAUUUUCCACGUGUGGAGCCGUUUUUCCACACGUGAGAAUCCUGACUUCCACGUGUGAAAAAAUCGUUCCGCACGUGGGAAAUCGUUCCCGUGUGGAGCCGAUUUUCCGUAUUGCCAGAGAAUGGCGCAAGUAGCGCCAUUCUCUGGCAAUUAUUAUAUCAUCUACGCGACUUUAUCUGCACUCUCAUUGAUUUGCUAUGAACCUUUCGCAGUGUUCUGCAGGCCUCUUUGGCAAGAGUUUCAGCAUGAAUUGCAUGUAAAGUCAUUUCCUCUCUAUUUAAUGAUAAAAGCAGUGGUCCAAGUAGUUAUAAUAGUCUUAAAUAAAACAUUGAAAAGGUCAAGCAAUAUUGCUCAUGGAUUUUUGUUUACAUUUUUGAUGAUGCUUUAUAUAGGAUGCUUUUAUAAGUUCAAAGCUUACAAGUAUGGGAGAUUCAACCUAUGACACCAGCUAAGUCUUGUUGGAGUUGCUUGAGUUUCGUUGCUAUCUACCAUAAAUUUCUUAAUUUUAGGCUCCUCAUUUCCUUGAAUAUCAUUUAUUAUAGGUGGCUGGACAAUAACAAUCUUGAUUGGAUUUCUUAUCCAAAGGAAAAAAUACCCAAGUUUAUUAUAUCGAAAAAAAGGGAGGGAAACAUCAACUCUAUUCAAAUUUGCUUUUUCAUUUAGCGCCAAAUCUCUUGCCAGCCGCUCAAAAAUUGGAUUUCGUAAAAAAAUAAAUACUGUUAGAUUUUCUUUCUUUAAAUCUUAUAUAUUAUUGUAA